UCCAUCUGCCAUUGAUCACCCACACAGCGGCGGUGCGUUAACAGCAUCAAUCGUCUGUCGGCAGCGGCAAACGCGAUUCAAGAAGUAAUUACAAAGGAGAAGCCGCCGCGUCGCGUACCGCUUACGUAGAAGAGUGCAGCCAAGCUUUUGCGUUGUCUGGUGAAAAUAAAGAGUUUUGAAAACCGAUAUUUUCGGUUUCGAAAAAUAGCUGUUUCUAAGUCGUCGUUUGAUAACGAGAAAUGACGGGGACAAUUUUGGAAAAUCUCAGCGGAAAGAAGCUGAGCAUCCUCGUGUCCUGUCUGCUGAUUUUGCAGUUUCUCUGCUUCCUGCUGGGUGGUCUUAUCGCUCCCGUCCCGGCCAGUGUGCAAACUAUUCUCGCAACUAUUUGCAAGGAUGUUCCCGGUUCACACAACGACACCAGCAUCUGGCUGUACUCCCGUGGCGAAGACCACUGCCAGAGUUUGGACCAUCUUGAUAUUAACAAUCAUGACUUAAAGAUGGCAAACCAGAUUGUGUUUGUCUUCCAGAUGCCCCUGCCUCGGGAAGGCCGUCAAUUGGAUUACUCACGCUGGCAGCAAAAUCUGAUUGGUGUACUGCAAACGGACAUCGCUUACGAUGCUAACAUUCUGUUGAAACCGCACACUAAAAUGACCCUCGACGCUCGGUUGGCUUACCGAAACAAGGGAGACCCCGACCAGAACUGGAAGUAUUUGGCUUCUUCGCUCGAAAGUCGUGAUUUAGAUUGCGCUGCGGACAACGUAACCGAUGAGUAUCUGUACAAUUGCGAUGCUAUUCCGUUGUUCGAAUUGGGCUCUCUGCAUCACGAUUACUACCUUCUGAACAUUCGUUUGCCGGUGGACAGUGAGUUGCAGAUGAAUCUCGAAAUUGGCCACAUCCAAGAUUUGCAUCUGUCGGUAAUCUACCAAAAUGGUGGUUUCACCAAGGUUUGGGUUUCUCUCAAAACCGUAUUUCUUCCGUUCAUCGUAAUCAUCAUGAGUUGGUUUUGGCAACGCGUGCAUCUGCUGCAACGGAAGCCAGCUUUGCUGGAAUGUAUGCUGCUGGCUCUGGGAAGUGCCCUAACUUUCCUCAAUCUUCCGCUGGAAUAUCUGACGCUGGCGUUCGAUAUGCCUUUCAUGCUUCUACUGAGUGACAUUCGACAGGGUAUUUUCUACGCCUGCCUACUAUCGUUUUGGUUGGUGUUUGCCGGGGAGCACAUGCUGAUUCAGGAAACCGGAGAGAAAUCGACCCUCAAGUCGUACUGGAAGCAUCUAAGCGCGGUGGCCGUAGGCUGUGUGUCGCUAUUUUUGUUUGAUAUCUGCGAACGUGGAGUUCAGCUGAGGAAUCCGUUCUACUCGAUUUGGGUUUCGCGCGUGGGAUCCAAAGUUGCCCUAAGCUUUAUCAUUCUGGCGGGUAUCUCGGCUGGACUGUAUUUCUUCUUCCUGUGCUACAUGGUAUGGAAGGUGUUCUGCAACAUCAACCUCAAACGCAGCUCGCUACCGUCGAUGUCUUCGGCCCGCCGGCUGCACUACGAAGGAAUUAUCUACCGCUUCCAGUUUCUGAUGUUGGCCACCCUGCUUUGCGCUGCCCUUACCGUGAUUGGUUUCAUAAUCGGACAGGUUUCCGAAGGCCGCUGGAAGUGGGAUGAGAAUAUCGAUCUGGAGUUCACCUCCGCUUUCUUCACCGGAGUGUACGGCAUGUGGAAUAUUUACAUUUUCGCGUUGAUCGUUUUGUACGCUCCCAGCCACAAAAAGUGGCCGUCUAAUGAAACCACCGAAAACAUUAUCAGUGAAGAGAUCGAAUUCAGCAAUUUACCAUCUGACUCGAAUCCGAGUGAAAUUUCUUCCCUGACGCAAUUUGCCCGUAAGGCAGCUCUGGAUUAAAGAGUAGUUUUUUUUUAACUUUCUAAACAACAUUUUUCUCCGGUGGACGCUGGAGUCGCAUUUCUAAUUUAUACCG